UCUGUCUGCUCUCAGCUUGUUUUCCUCUGUUCAGCCUAAGCUUCGCAGCAAGCUCCUGGCUGCUGCCUCGUUCAGCUCGAGGAGCUUGUUUAUUUUUGCUCCGUAUUGUUCCUGCUAGGACACAAGAUGGAGGAAGAAAGAUGGUGUCACAUAAGGAGAUGUGUUUGUGUGGUUGUUGUGCUGAGUAAGCACACUGACGUCUGUGCUCUUUCUUUUAUUUCCUCCCUGGGCAUCUUUUAUCGUUCUCUCUGAUAAGUCCUACAACACUGUGUGAUGUCAUGUGUGUCUCUGUCUUUGUUGUCUUCACUUUAAACCACAAUUGAUGUCCGGGCAAGCGAGUUCAGCUGAGAGACGAACGUCUGCCAGCGCGCCGAGAUGCGGAUGCAGCGCAGCAUCACCGCCUCUCGCUGCCGCCACACAUGUAGACCUGCACGGUCCUCCCCUCCCCGUCCCCGUUCACCGCAUAAGAGCAGGAAAGGCAGUGAUAGAGAAGGAAGGAGGGAUUCCGAGAGGAGAAAGUGAGAGAGGCUGGGCGGCUGGGGGAGCGUAGCCGCCAUUAGACAAAUGCAGCGUCAGAUGUUGUGCUCAGCAGCAGGGAAAUUGCAAGCAGGGAGAACAUUCCACACCCCUGGAAGCAGCGCUGCUCACCGCCCAGGGGCUCCACACACCAUCUAAGGCACCAUGGAUCUGUCAGCGCCCACUCCGGCGGCAGCCCUUCUCCACUGACCUCACCUCCUUCUCCCCGUCUCUUCUUCCAUCAUCCCCUCUCUCAGCUCUCCUCACCCCCCCUCCCCCCGUUCGCAACCCGGGGUCACCACGCAGACCUCCCGCAUCAUGGCCGGCGAGAAAGGCCCGACGAGGCGAAGUGCCAUGGACAUCAAGCGCCUGGCGAGCCUCAUCCAGAGAGGGACGGGGCGCUUGCUCGUCAUCGACAGCCGGACGUUCUCCGAGUACAACGCGUCGCACGUGCAAGGCGCCGUCAACGUGUGCUGCUCCAAGCUGGUGAAGAGGCGACUGCAGCAGGACAAGGUGUCCGUCACCGAACUGCUGCAGCCCAAUGGCAAAGUCAAGGUGGAGCUGGGCAGAAAGCAGGAAGUGGUGGUUUAUGACCAGAGUUCCAAAGAGGCAGGGCACCUGUCCAAAGACGGCUUUGUUCACAUCCUCAUGGGGAAGUUGGAGGGCACCUUCCACAAAGUUUCCCUGCUUACCGGAGGUUUUGCUGCCUUCUCUUCCUGUUUCCCCGGGCUGUGUGAGGGGAAACCUGCCACUGCUCUACCUAUGAGCCUGUCUCAGCCUUGCUUGCCUGUGGCAAACAUAGGGCCCACUCGCAUCCUGCCGCACCUCUAUCUGGGUUCACAGAAGGACGUCCUCAACAAGGACCUGAUGGCUCAGAACGGUAUCACCUACGUACUGAAUGCCAGCAACACCUGCCCCAAGCCAGACUUCAUCAGCGAGAACCACUUCAUGCGCAUACCAGUAAAUGACAACUACUGUGAAAAGUUGCUUCCCUGGCUGGACAAAACAAAUGAAUUCAUAGACAAAGCCAAGGUGUCGAACUGCAGGGUCAUUGUGCACUGCCUGGCUGGGAUCUCGCGCUCCGCGACCAUCGCCAUUGCGUACAUCAUGAAGACGAUGGGACUGUCGUCAGACGACGCCUACAGGUUUGUGAAGGACCGAAGACCCUCCAUAUCCCCCAACUUCAACUUUCUGGGUCAGCUACUGGAGUUCGAGAAGGGCCUCCGAUUGCUCCAAGCUCUAAGCGAUGACAAGGUCUCUGAGAACAACACUAAGCAAAGCUGCGAGGUGAACGGGAUCGGCACAGGUUUCGAGAUGAACGGUCACCAUAGCAACUGUGAUUCCUCCGCGUCCGAGCCGCAAAUCCCAUCGGAGCCGAAGCUGCCGUCGCCCACCUCGCUGCAGCAGGGCUUCAACGGCCUUCACCUCUCUGCGGAGAGGAUCAUGGACACUAAUCGGCUCAAACGCUCCUUUUCAUUGGACAUUAAGUCUGUGUACUCCCCCAGUAGUCCCUACUGCCCUAGCCUGGCACCCACACACUCUGAAGACGUCCCCAAGCUGUGCAAGCUCGACAGCCCGGGAACAGCCACCUCCAACGGGGUCUGCUCCCGGUCCCCCGUCCUGGACAGCCCCGGCUCCUCCGAUUCUCCGUUCCCCUCACCGGGGAGCGGCGGCAGCAUCGGGGGGCUGGGCCUCGGGGGGAGCGACGGGGUCCAUCGGCCGGGUUCGUCCUCAUCAAGACCCAGGAGAAAACACAAGCACAGUUCGGGCAGUUCCCCUCUCCACUCCCUUCCACACCAACCUCCACAGUCCCUCAGCUUGUCCCUGGAGCACAAGAGCCCCAGCAUGGACGAGAACCUAAAGGGCACAUUGCUCUUGUCAUUACCCUCCCUGCCCACCGUGGGCUCUGGGGACAUGUGGACCAAACACAGAGAGACUGUCCAAGCCACCACUCCUGUCACUCCCACCACAGACGCCCCUUGGCACUUUGGGGCGGAGGAGGGUGGUGAAAGGGAGAUGGAGCUGGGAAGAGGCGGCAACGGAGGGGGUGAGGACUCGUCCAUCAGGUUCGGGAGCAGCUCGGCAUACGUGGCGUUCGGGUGCAGCGAGAGCGUGUGGCUGCGGGAGAAACCCCAGCGGGAGACCCCCUCGGGCCCUCAGGCGCAGAGAGACCACCGAGACUCCUCGCUGUCGUCCGCGGUGGCCGUGGCGGGCGGCCCGAACAACAGCGGGCCGGCGGCCGAGAAGCAGUUCAAGCGGCGCAGCUGCCAGAUGGAGUUCGAGGAGGGCAUCUCCGAGACGCGCUCCAGAGAGGAGCUGGGGAAGAUCGGGAAGCAGUCGAGCUUCUCCGGGAGCAUGGAGAUCAUCGAGGUGUCCUGACAGAUAAUGGAUAUAAUCAGAGCCGUCCCCUGGGGGGCGAAAGUAGACACGGUGUGAAGGACUUCAAGGAAAUGACCUAUAAGAAGGAGCGUUUUUUUGUGCUCUCCUUUCAGACAGUGUUAAAGACUCCAGCUUGGAGAAGGACAUCCGAUACACAAACUAGCAGACUAGUAUUCACACCUAGACAGACAGAGCCUUCGAUGUGGUGCUGGUAGCAGACCAAAACCAUCCUGAACUGGUCUGGAGACAUGCCUUCAGGAGGGAGGGGCACUGGGGGUGACUCUACUGUAGGUACUGAAACUGGCACAGAAUAAAAGAAAUGAGCCUGGGCGAGUGUAACAUUGCAUCGUUAUUAUAUAGAAGCCCCCUAUUUUAGCAGGUUCUGGACAUGAGCCGCUCCCCCGUGGUCAAAUGUAGUGUGCUUUAGCGGGUGUAUAGCUUGUGAUUUGAACCAAGCCCCCCUCCAACUGUUUGUUUUUUCCUCCCAAUGCGUCAGAAGGCUUCAGAUCCUCACACGGCUGCGUCCACCCCCCCAUACCCCACAAACAACCUCCCACUCCCCACCCACAGUGACUGUGCCUGCCGACAGCCACCACAUCCGCAACACACCACCACAGCACAAUGCAAACAGACCCGAAGGACAUGAUCUGAAGACGGUACUGCAUUCAACAAUGAAGGAUCCAUGUUUUGUUGACAAAAGACUUUGAGUUUGAGACUUUUACCCGUGAAUAGAGCAGUGUGUCUCUCCUGACCCUGGCUCCCGUGUUUCCAGUGUUAACAGUGUGAUCAGUCUGAUGUUUCAGGGUAAACCACCCCUCAGCUACUUUAUAGGGCCCCCAACCAGCCACCCACCCACCACCAACCUCCUCUUACUGCUCCCAGUCGCCACGUAUGGUCACCACUGAGCAUGCACCCGAAAGGCUGAAUGCAGCCAAACAAAUACUAUAUAUACAAUAUGAAUAUAUAGCAAUUUUAAUGGACUUCUAAUGGACUUUUUUGUUCAGUUAUAGUUUAAUUUAUUAUAUUGGUUCAUUCUGGUAAUGAGAAGUAAUAUAAUGUGUUGUGGAUUUUAUUCUUUUUUUUUCCUUUGUUGAAAUAUUAUUAUAUUAUUAUUUGCUGUAUGGUAUUUAUGAACACACACUCGUACAAAUACACACAUUCAGCAAAUUCAACCGAGCAAUAUGUGCUGUUCCUUCUUUGGGGGAGAGUGAUGUCUGACGUUGAAAUGCACUUUUCUGCUCUCUGAUGAACACCUUUGAUUUCCAUUCCCGCCUUCCGCUCAGCGUGUUACUCAGUAAACCGGUGCCAGCGGUGGGUUACAGCCAUCCCAGUUUAAGCGGACAGGAUCAGGAUGAAUUCCUAAUUCGUCAUAACUGAGAGCUCAAGUGACUAAAGGACUGUUUGUUGUGUGGCGUGCACACACUCUGACCACGCAUGCGCAGUGAAAGACGUUCUCGCCAGCUUCACCGGGGCUUUGCAUAGCAACAGCUGGGCGCACACCUUUUGGAAUCGCCGAGCGUCCUCUCCAAACCAGCACAACUUCGUCACGACGCGACACGCUAAAGCCGAAAACCAACACACAGCAGCCCCUCCGACUGUAUGCACUUAAGACGUAGGUUCACGCUCGGGCCCUAUACGCAGCGUUUAGUUCAUUCUCAGGGGAGCUUUCAGUGAGCCACGCCCAGCACAGGGUACAGCAGCACAAUGCAUGUCCGUGAGGUUCAAACGCCUUCCAUCACGCCGCCAUUUGUUUUGCUCUUAUUUCCUCAUUUCCAAAGCUUUUAUUACAAAAACAGCAUAACAAAACAUCACAUGGAAAAAAAGAGGAUCCUCACUCACACCCUGAGGUGAAAGAACGGAAACUUUGCUCUCCUGGUGCGAGGUGGUUAUUUAUUUAUAAUGUAAAACGUGUUCGAUUUUUCCUUUGACCCUUGAUUAGCUUUUUUCAAUCUCUGACCUUUGACCUUGUGCUGCUGCAGCUACAGUAAGUUCAGAAAACUUGUUUCCCAGAGGCUUAAGCAACCGGUCCUCACCUUCCUCCCUAUAUUAUUAAGAAAUGUUGAAAUUAUUUAUGACAUGUAACAAAGAUGAUGCAGGCUGUCCCAUUUGCUAAGGUUAUUAUUAUUAUUAUUAUUAUUAUUAUUAUUAUUAUUAUUAUUAUGUUUUGUAAAUAGCAACGCAUCUAAGAACACUGAUGAUGAUGACUUUAGAUGAGUUUUUAAAAGAAAAUCCUGAUAGGCUGCUUGACGCAAAAAUACCUCAGGUUCUAUUGAAAGGCUUUUCCUUCCCCUGUACAUGUUUUGUGAAAAUGAGACAAAAAUACAGACAUGACAAAAUGCAA